AUGAUCUCUUUCUUAGAAAAGAAAUUUCUUGUAUUGAGGGUAUCGUUUUGUCUCAAUCAAUCAAUAUGUUUCCACAAAUUCCGCGUGCAUAUCUUUUCCUUUGAUGAAGAAAGUCUCAAUUCCAGUACUCCAUCUGCGACAACUUCUCUUCAAUCGUCCGAUACUAAAGAUUUUCAUAAUGGUAUUUAUGAGGACUUUCCAGGUCUUAACCCUUCCAGUGAACGUAUAGUGGAGCUUCAAUCUGAUAUAUGGGAGAAAUUAGGAGAGUUGAUGCCUAACAAGAGUGCCCAAGAAAUUCUGGAAGCGGCCGAAGUUUUACAUGGCGAAAGCAACGAUAUUGACUCCCUAUUGAAAGAUUUGAAUCAAAACGGAGUAGCGGGUGAAGCCUAUAAAGAUGCAGUGGAUCUAGUGAAGCAUCUCGUCUCCAGCCCACUUGAUCAAUUUAAAAUAAUCCCAUUGAUUCCUAUGAAAAUAGGAAACUUAUAUUUCUCAUGCACAAAUCCAUCUUUGUUUAUGCUACUAACUCUCAGUUGUCCUAAAAAGGGAGGAGGAAACUCAGUACCAAAUGCUUGGCAAUCCUUGGUAGAGCUUAUUUAUGAUUUUGUGCUAAACCUGGUAAACGAACAAAUAGGUGGUCUUUCCGAAAAUGUUAAACAAAAGUUUUCCCCUCGCAUCUCAGUCACUUUUACUUUUUCGUUAUUUUGUAAUCCCCAGGGUAUGAUACCUUAUAGCUUCGAAGUUACAAGUCAUUUUCUCAUUACUUUGGGUCUCUUAUUUUCGAUUUUUAUUGGCAUUACUAUAGUGGGAUUUCAAAAAAAUGUUCAUUUUUUAAGCUUCUUAUUACCUGCAGGAGUCCCACUGCCAUUAGCACCUUUUUUAGUACUCCUUGAGCUAAUCCCUUGUUGUUUUCGAGCAUUAAGCUCAGGAAUACGUUUAUUUGCUAAUAUGAUGGCCGGUCAUAGUUCAGUAAAGAUUUUAAGUGGGUUCGCUUGGACUAUGCUAUGUAUGAAUGAUCUUUUAUAUUUCAUAGGGGAUCUUGGUCCUUUAUUUAUAGUUCUUGCAUUAACCGGUCUGGAAUUAGGUGUAGCUAUAUCACAAGCUCAUGUUUCUACGAUCUUAAUCUGUAUUUACUUGAAUGAUGCUAUAAAUCUUCAUCAAAGUGCUUAUUUUUUUAUAAUUGAAUAAAAGCGAGUCUGAAUGGGUAUACUUAGUCGUGGAGCAUUCCGAGUCUUUGCUUUAGGGAUCGUUCCUGUGCAUCUCCUUACUUUAUAGCAGUUAUUGCUUUGGUUCCAGAAGGUAAAGCUCUCGCCUCAGCUUUUUCUUUGAAAUCGAAGACUGUUCCAAUUUCCUACUAAGAUAGGCAAGCGGAGGGAGAACUAGACGUAUCUUGCUAGGCAAAGACAGGUCAGAAUGGAUAGCUCGCAGGUGGGAUUGACGGGAUAGAUCACUAUUGCAGAAGGAGGUAGAACCGGGGGAAGAAUUAUGUCUAUAAAGGUCCUCGCCCUCUAAGGUACAUGGUUCUAAAGAUGAAACCUCAAAGCGGUACUAAAGACUAGGCAGAAGAAGAACUAUAACUAGAAUUCUACGCCCCUCCCCUUGUACCAAGAAGAAAGUUCAGAACAUAAGGAUAAUGGGCUCGUCUAUUAUAAGUUAUUAGUUUACGGAGCUAUCUCAGAUAUCUCGAGUAAGGAAACGGGACGGGUU